AUGGCCUCUAAUCCAGAUCAGACGAUAACCAUUAUCGAGAAGCUCAACGGCCUCAGAUCGAGGCUUUCCUCGGGAGGAGAUACCCAUGCCCAGAGCGAGGCCCUGCAAUUAAGCAGACAGUUGACCACAAGCCUCGAGAAGCCAGAGAAUACUGCUGUGGACUUGGCCUUCUCGCCAUUCCUUGCCAUAGCCGCAAGAAUCUCCGUCGACCUCGGGCUAUUCAAGCACAUCAUCGACCACGAUGGCCCUAUCACCUCAGAGAAGCUCGCCUACCUGUCAGGCGGCGAGGAACUGCUGAUAAACUUUGACACUUCGCUAGUAAGGGUCUUGAGACCUCUGGCGGCAAUAGGCUUCGUCAAAGAAGCGGGAGAGCGAACCUGGGAGGCCACGCCGGUCACGGAGGCUAUGGCUACGGAAGAGAUCGCUGCAGGGCAUAGGAUGGUCGGAGAAAUGAUAGUAGGCGCCGCAACCAAAGCCCCCAAAUGGCUGAGAGAAACCGGGUACCGCUGCCCGACGGACCCGCACGACGGCCUCAUGCAGUACGCCUUCCAGACGAAGCUCGCCGUCUUCCAGCUCUUCGGCUCCAUGCCGCCCGUCCUCGAGGACUUCCACACCUUCAUGGGCAACACGAUGGGCGCGCGCAGCUACUGGGUGGAUUGGUUUCCCGUGCAGGAGAGGCUCCUCGAUGGCGCGGAGGAGGAGGAGGGGGAGGAGGAGAAUGAGGCGGCUUUGAUGGUUGAUGUUGGUGCGGGGAAGGGACAUGAUUUGCUUGUGUUCCAUGAGAAGUACCCGGGGAGGGGGCGCCUGGUGCUGCAGGACUUGGCUGUGGUGACGGAUGCGCUGGGGUAUUGCCUGGACCCGGCUAUCGAGAGGAUGGAGUAUGAUUUCUUUACGGAGCAGCCCGUGAAAGGCGCGCGCGCAUAUUUCUACCACCACAUCCUGCACGACUGGUCCGACACGAAGUGCCUCGAGAUCCUCGGACAGGUCAAGAAGGCGAUGAGGCCAGGCUACUCGAAGCUCCUGCUCCACGAAAUGAUCAUCCCGGAACAGGGCGCGUCUGCUUUCCACGCGAUGCUCGACAUGACCAUGAUGGCCUUCAACGCGGGCAUGGAGCGGUCCGCGAGGCAGUGGACGGAGUUGCUGGAAAUGGCCGGCCUCGAGGUCGUCAAGGUCUGGCCGCCCUUGCAGGAGGAUGCGGAUGGGAUUGUGGAGGCGAUGGUGAUGGCGUAGAGGAUGUUGCUUGGCUAGGUAUAUGAUGUGUCGUAUUAUUCUCGCUGGCAAUUGGUGCCCAAAUACUCGUACUAAGCAGUGUAACAAGUCGUGGAUACUAAGAGAUGUUAACCCUCCUGAAUUCUCAUUAAUACCGACCGUUACACCGAAAUCAAGUUCAAUCUCGUCCGGAUGGUUCCUCGAUGCGCGGAUAUUGUAUUUCUAUCAAGCAGCUAGUUAGUCAGUCAAGCACAUAUAGCCCCCCAAGCAUCUAUGGAGCCUACGGCCGUGUUGGUGAGUAACUAUUCCAUCACACGGCUCAGCCCAAGUCGUAAUGCGUGCGUACUUUGAUGAACCACGACUGUUACCGCAGAGU